GCGAGCGGCUCCCGGUUCCCCGCGGCAUGGAGGAGGCGCCGCUGCCGCCGCGCGAGUCGGCGCGGCUCGUGGCGGAGCGCAGCCGGGACGUGCGCGUGGACCCCGAGGGCGUGCGCCGGGCGGCCGAGCUGCUGCUGCCCGCGGCCGCGGCGUGGCGCGUGCGGCAGUGGAAGGACCUGCACGAGCUCAACCCGCGCGGGGCGGACGAGGCGGCGCUCGCCUGGGUCUUCGUGGUGGACUCGCUCAACUUCUCCUUCUGGGCGGAGCGCGAGGAGCGCCGGUGCGAGGUGCGCUACGGCGGCGCCGCCUACACCGGCUACUGGGCCCUGUGCGCCGCCGUCAACCGGGCGCUCGACCGAGGGAUACCAAUAACCAGCGCCUCCUACUACGCCACGGUGACUCUUGACCAAGUUCGGGACAUAUUUCGUUCUGACACAGCCGUGCCCAUGCCUUUACUAGAAGAGAGGCAUCGCAUUCUCAACGAAACCGGGAAGAUUCUGCUGGAGAAGUUUGGAGGCUCUUUUCUUAAUUGUGUCCAAAGGAGUGAGAAAAGCGCACAGAAGCUAAUGCACCUGGUCGUUGAAAAUUUUCCUUCUUACAGAGACGAGACACAGUUUGAGGGGAAAAGGAUUUCCUUUUACAAACGAGCCCAGAUCCUUGUGGCAGACACGUGGAGUGUGUUGGAAGGAAGGGGUGACGGCUGCUUUGAGGACAUCUCCAGCAUCACCAUGUUUGCUGACUACAGAGUGCCUCAGACUCUCGUGUACCUGGGCGCCCUGAAAUACUCGGAUGAACUGCUGAAGAGGCUCCUCAGAGGAGAAAUGCUCUCAAAUGGAGAGAAACAAGAGGUGGAAAUUAGAGGCUGCUCAAUUUGGUGUGUCGAGCUGAUCCGGGAUUGUCUUCUGGAGCUUCUUGAAGAAAGGGGAGAGAAACCUCAGAGUGAGAUCAACUCUAUUCUUCUGGAUUAUCACCUGUGGGACUACGCUCGAGACCACAGGGAAGCCAUGAGAGGAAUCCCAUUUCAUCGCACACGCUGCAUUUAUUACUGACGCUGAAUGUAAAUGAUCCAGUGGAAUACUGCACCUUUAGAUCAUAGUCACUUGCACGAUUUUUAUUUAAUAGAAAGAUAAAAAUUAUAGGAAUAGAUGAUUGAUUA